UCAUCUUUUGCCAGAAACCAUACUACUCCGCGCAGCGCGCUACUCUCUCUCUCUGCCCGUGGCAAUCCCAGCGACGAGCUACUUAACAAGCCAACUCGCAAGACACCGACGCGUGCCCCCCACCUUCUCCCCUUGCCUGCUACCCUGCACGCACAUCACAAUAACAACGGAUAGAUAGCGCGUGAGCGCCGCCGCAGUGACGACACCACCCACGCACCCACCACACCACCGCACCCACCACCACACCACCACCACCACACCACCACCACCGCCAACACUACCCCGUCGUACCAAAGAACCACACCAAGCAACCCGUACCAAAGGUCUCCAACCCACCGAUUAGUCUAUAUCAGCCCAGUCCCCAAAUCCUCCUGUCCCCCUCAACUCUCCCCCCCACCCCCUACUUCAAUCUCAACCUUCUCUCCCCCCCCCCGCGCCUCUUCAUCACCAACGGUUGACUGUAUACACAUACACAAGGCAUUCACCCAACCUGCUUCUCUCCCACUCUCUUCCCCUUGAACAUGCCCGCUGCCCACCACUCGCUCCCCUCACCCUCCUCAUCCGCCUCGCUCUCCCCGCGUCAGCUUGGUGCACUCAAGAUGGAACGUCGCCACUCUAGUGCCAGUGACGACGAGCAUGACCAUCUUGACCACCAUGGCCACGACCCAGUUGCGCGCAGCGCACUCGAAAUCCGCCGCGAGAAGAACCGCAUCAAGCAGCGUAACCUUAGACUCCGCCGUGCCAACCAGAUGGCAGACCUGGAGCAAACCGUGGGAAGCAUGCGCUCGACCACGCUCGACCUCGAGAACCAGAUCGUGGUGCUCGAAGCUCGCGCAGCUUCCCUUACCGCUUGGGUACGCGACCUCGAGGCGGCCCUAGUGGCCCACGGCCACCGCGAACACGUUGAAUCUCUCCGUCGCAUGUGGGGUUCUAACCUGGCCAAUGCGGUCCCUACCUCGUCCGCCAUGGACAUGCACUCGGCUCAUCACGUUGCCGGACCCCCGUCCUCGUCGGCCUCUCGCCCCUCUGGCUCGUCGUCCUCGUCGGUCGACCCCCUCUCCACGCUGGCCUCGGCUGCUUCAUCCUACAGGCCCCGCCCUCCCAGGUGGGACACUCGUGACAUGGAGCAGCACGACCGCAAGCGUCGCCGCGAUGAAUACGACGACGAGUCGGCCGCCACUGCUGCCGCCACUGCCGCCGCCGUCGCCCGUGGCCACCGCCUCCCAUCCCCGAGCCGCAUGCGCAUCGCCGAGCUCGUUCUCCCCCACCCUCGUCCUCAACACCAGGGGCACCCGGGCCAGCCUCCUCAACCCCCUGCCCACUCGCAGCCCUCGUCGAGCCAAUCCGAGAGCUGGGGAUGGAACCACCUGCCCAGCCUCGACCAGUCGUACUCGCAAGACAAGCGUGCGUCUGCACACUCGCACCCCGGUCACUACUCGCACCAGGCCUACCCCAGCUAUUCUCAUCCCCACGCACAUGCCGCCACCCAUGGUCACCACGAUCACGGUACAGCAGGAGACUCGCGCCGCCCACUGUCGUCGAGCAGUGGCGCCUCGGCCCGCACCCACACGUCUCCGGUGCACUCGUUUGACAUUCGCAUCUAAGCUCAGCAAUCCACGCCACUGUGCAAACAACGCCCCUUUUAUUUUUUCUUCCUCUAUCUCCCGCUCUCUUACCACCUCGGGGACUAUCUCUAGCUGUUUAGAAGGGCAAACACAGCUUUAGAAGACCCGAGUAUGGACUGUCCGUGAGGCGCACAUGCCCCAAUCUCUCACAUCCCAAACACUCUCCCCCUAUCUUCCAAGAAAGGGGGAUGGCUUGUGCGUCGAACGGUCAAACCAAAUGCGCCAUAAAGCACGCCGCGCGCCACAAGAUGUGUAUUGUACACGUUGUAGUUACACCUCUCGCUCUCCCGCCCCACCAAUAUACUGUAUAGUCGCCUUGGGACCUGCCCCCCAACACCAUAGUUAGGUUUAGUUCUGGAUCACACAAUGCACGCAUUGGUUCAG